UCUUCCUUUUAGUCAUUUCAAGGGAGAGCUUAGCGUCGGUGACUUCGCUGCCAGCGCCUCCGCCAUCUUAGUUGUGGGCGGAGAGGCGGCAACUACGGGAGCUUGUAGAGGGUCCCCAGUCUAAAUGCUGCGGCUCAGCGGGCGCGGGCUCCUACUGGGCCUGGCUGCAGCGGCGACCGCAGUGCUGGCAGCGCGGCUGAUGGGCUGGUGGAGUCCCAGCUUCCGCGCUGGCUUCCGCCUUUUCAUACCCGAGGAGUUGGCCCGCUACCGCGGCGGCCCCGGGGACCCAGGCCUCUACUUGGCAUUGCUGGGCCGCGUCUACGAUGUGUCCUCUGGCCGGAGGCAUUACGAGCCUGGAGCUCACUAUAGCGGCUUCGCAGGCCGAGACGCAUCCAGGGCGUUUGUGACGGGGGACUAUUCUGAAGCAGGCCUUGUGGACGAUGUAUCUGACUUGUCAUUUUCUGAGAUGCUGACCCUUCAAAAUUGGCUGUCAUUCUAUGAGAAGAAUUAUGAAUUUGUUGGAAAGGUGACAGGAAGGUUCUAUGGAGAGGACGGGCUACCUACCCCAGCACUGACCCAGGUGGAAGCCAUGAUCAGCAAGGGCUUGGAGGCAAACCAACAGGCACUGAAAGACAAGCACAAGUUUCCGCCAUGCAACUCGGAGUGGAGCUCAGCCAGGGGUGGCCGGUUCUGGUGUUCCCCAGACAGUGGAGGUGUGAGCAGAGACUGGACUGGCGUCCCCAGGAAGCUCUAUAAACCAGGUGCCAAGGAGCCCCACUGUGUGUGUGUGAGAACAACUGGCCCUCCUAGUGACCAGGCGCUGGACAACCCUGCACACAGAAAUCGUGGGGACUUGGAUCACCCCAACUUGGAGGAAUAUCCAGGCUGCCCACCCCUGUCCAUGGCAUGCUCCUUCCCACUCUAAGUUGGUGCCCUUGCCUCGUGGGCCCUAGGAUGGCCCCUGACUUCAAACAAGUGGGCCCAGAGGGACCAGCCUCUGCAGAUGUGACCCAUGACCCCUCACCAUGGGAUCACCUUUCUGGUGACCAAGGCAACCCGCCUAGAGCUUGGCAACCCACCUAGUACUGGUCAGCUUGGUUUUGCCACUCUUCCCCUAGAUCUAUUUGGCAUCCUCCUUCAGAGCCCUCAGAUAUAAUGGGCACUAAUAUGACCAACUCUGAACUAACUGGACAGACGACAAAGCGUCCUGAGCUCCAAGAACUAACUUCCCACGGACUCGUAGGCUGCCCAGAUCAGCUGCUGGUCCGGUGAGUGGCACUAGCAAAGAGGGACUGCAUCAUUCCUUACAACUCAGAAAUAGGACAGUACAUCCAGAAAAGGCUAAAUAAUAAUUAUAAGAAAGAACAGCACCAACCUUUCUUAUAUGUGAGACUCUCUUGUAAGGCAAACUGAAUCUGUAACCAAAAGCUGCACUGAGUUGGUGUGAGCGGGGCACCACAGUGGAAGGGGACAAUGAGAGAGAAAAGGGUGUUUCUGGGGGUUGGAAAAGUUUUUGCUCGUAUGGAUGCAGCAAAUCCAGAUGCCUCUUUUAAAGCAAGGAUAUUGCUUCUCUUUUAAACACUUAACAUUAGGUGUGGUGUGUUUUCAAAGGGAAAGCUCGGCAUUUUUGGCAAAAUGUAUUUUAGAGCUCUUACAAGGUAACUAACUGGUUAGCCCAACAGCAAAGUUUGGGCAAGGCUGCCAACGCAAACAGCCUCAACGUGAGGUGGCUGGGCUUGCAGAGCUUCUCACCACACCUUGGGUGGUGUCCAAGGUCAUCUGUAAUCUACCCUUGACAGAUUUCAUGUCCAUUACCUCCUGGCUUCUUAACUGCUUAGGUAGAGGGAGUGAGGGUAUUCCUACUUCACAGAUAAGGAAAUGAAGCCUCGUGGUUUACAAACUCCUGGUCUCUCCUCAUCUGAGCCCUCACCUCAACUUCUUUCCCAAUUCCCUCAACUCUUAUUUACACAGUCUGUAUUCUUCCUUUCUUUCUCUCCCCUAUCAUUAAUCUCAGUGAAUAGCUUUCCAGAUUCCCUGACCAGAAAAUAGAGGCCUCCUCCCCUCCAGGGCCAUCACUGGCCACGGCUGUUCCUGAUGCAGGACUCUGCUCUCCACUCCUUUUACCCCACCCCCCCUUCAGAUCUUCCUCACCUGCCUUUCCUGGACCUUUGGCCUCUUCCUGCCUCCUGGUUCCCUGCCCCCUCCACCAUCAUAAAUAAAACACUCCUUCAGUAACACCAAGUGCUGCUGCAGCAGGAAGACUGUCUGUCUAUUCCUGUCACAGAUGAGCUUUUUGAAAAAGCAGCAGGAACUUGGUAGCCUUGCUGCUCAGCCCCACUCACCCGGCCCCUGUCCUUCCCUGCUCACAGCACACCUCCUGUAUUGGCAGAUCCCGUGGUUUCCUUGAAAGCUGCCUCUCCUCCACGAACCCCUCCCACUCUGGUGUCUCACUCCCACCUCAGCUACCCUGUCUCUAGUCCAGACGCCUUCCCUGCGCUUCCUGAAUGUUUCUGGAGGCACCUCGGCGGCACCAUUCUGGCAUUGUCUCCGCUUUCUCUCUAGUGAUUCUGUGAGCUCCCCCUGGUGAUGGUCCCACCAGCACCAUCCAUACCCAGCUGCAGGAGCUCUCACACUACACUGCAGACUCUUUGAGAACAGAGGUCAAGGGCUACUGGGUUCUGUACCCCUGUAGCCACAGUACCUAGAGUACAUGGUAAGUGUGCAGCUCCAGAAACUUAGUAAGGGCACAAAGCAGUGGAACUGAGCCUAGAACUCAAGGUUCCUGUCCCGAUUCAGUGCCAUUUUCACUCCUCCAUAGUUUGGUACAUCUCCGCCCUCCCUGGAGCAGGAGCGAACAGAAAGGAGGG